AUGAAGAGCACUACCUUCGCACUCCUCGCGUUGACCGCUGGAAGUGCUUCUGCACAAUUCUUCGUCCUCUAUGGCAGAGACACUGUUGUCUCGCGCAUCGAUCCUAUCGUUUCCCCUGGAAGCAUUGGUAUGCAUGCACACGAGUUCAUGGGCGCUGGCAACGUCAACCAGAACUCAGACUACGAUUCACUCCAAAAGUCGACCUGCUCGAGCGUCGGACGUGCCAAUGGCAACCCCAUUAUCGAGGACAGAAGCGCCUACUGGCAUCCUACUCUCUACGUCAAGGCCACCAACGGUUCCUACAUCAGAGUUCCUACCAAUGGACACCAGAUCUACUACAUCAAUGCCGGCACUGGCCAGAUGCGCGAGCCCUUCGAGUUCCCCAAGGGCUUCCGCAUGACUGCUGGAAACGCCUAUAUCCGUGCCGCGCAAGAGCACACCNCUACUAACAUGGACGGAAUUACUCAGUGGAUCUGUCACGAAACUCCUUCGUGGAACGAGGGUAGUCAAGGUGGCUUCCCUACAGGUGUUACAUCUUGCUCUCAAUACCCUUACUUCAACGGCGCCAUCGAGUUCCCUCACUGUUGGAAUGGAAAGGACUUCAACCUGAACUCUCCUUAUUCACAUGUCGCUUAUCCUGUCGGCGACAUCAGAAACGGAGCUUGUCCUGACUCUCAUCCCAUCAGACUUCCUCAUCUCUUCAUGGAGAACAACUACGACCUGUCGAGCCUCGAAGGAGAGUUCGAGGUUGACUCGUUUGUGCUUUCCAACGGAGAUCCUACUGGUUUUGGUUUCCAUGCCGACUUCGUGAGUCCAUCGACCAAUGCGAACUACCUGACUGAGGCACCUGCUAACGAAUUUGCAGNNUACAACGGCUGGGACGAAGGCGUCCUACCUAAAUUGCUUACUGGCUCCAAUGCCUGUUCAUCCCACGAUGUCGGCGACUGCUCCGGCGUAACCUUCGAUUCUAGCAUGAACUGGGCUCAGUGCACCACUACUAACCAAUAUCCUGAAGAUCUGAACGGUCCCCUCUCUGCUCUGCCCGGCUGCAACCCCAUCACGACUGUCAACCCUGCUCCUCAAUGCAAGCCUUGUUCCGCUGGUGUGGUAGGCGGACAGUGCAACGCCGCUACCAGCUCAGUGGCUACUAGCACAAAGAAUGCCCCUUCGACCUUGAAGACGACCACAAAGUCCGCCUCAUCAGCCAUGCAGUCUUGGACGACCACCACCACGACCACCAAGACCGUGACGACCACUGAGCAGUUGACCACCACCGUGACUGGCAAUGCUCCCACAAGCACCGAGUGCGACGCA